AAGAAGAAACGCGUCACCCCUCUCUUCCGCUGUGCGCUUGCAGGAGCUAUCAAGCUAACACAUCGGCCCUCUCCUGGAACUGGCGGCAAAGCGUGUGCAUUUAAUAUUUUGUGAAAUUUUAACUCCAGAUAGGUACAUCUGUUUGUACGUGUCUUAAAAGAAGAACUUUAAAAUGGGAGAACAGGAGUCUGAAGAUUAUAAAGAUCCAGCUUUUCAUCGAGACUGUCCUCUGGACUGCAAAGUUUACGUGGGUAAUCUAGGAAACAAUGGCAACAAGACAGAGCUAGAAAGAGCUUUUGGCUACUAUGGUCCUUUAAGAAGCGUUUGGGUUGCCAGGAACCCCCCAGGCUUUGCUUUUGUGGAGUUUGAGGAUCCCAGAGAUGCAUCUGACGCUGUGAGAGAAUUGGACGGCAGAACAAUGUGUGGUUGUCGAGUCCGUGUGGAGUUGUCGACUGGGGAAAAACGGUCUAGGAGCCGCGGCCCUCCUCCAUCUUGGAGCAGACGACCUCGGGAUGAAUUAAGGCGACGUAGUCCUCAAGUCAGAAGAAGAUCACCAAAGAGGAGGAGCCUAAGCCGCAGUCGCAGCAGGUCUCUUUCAAAGGAUAGACGUAAAUAUCGGUCUCUUUCCAGAGACAAGACCCGUAGGCGCUCAAGAUCCUUCUCACGAUCAAGGAGUCGCUCCAGGUCUAAUGAAAGGAAAUGAAGAUCAUGGAUUGUUCUGCAGGGUCAUGCUAAGGUUGUGAAAAGAUGACAUUUUAUAGUCCUGUUUUUCUUUUUAGAUUUCGUUUGUGAAGUUAAGGCAACCGAAGCGUGGUCAUUGUGCAAUGUCUGUUAAAUGAACAACAAAUGACUUGAGUGUUCUGUUUUUUUUUUUUGUUUUUUUUUUUCCCCUCUUGUCCUCUAUACUUAGUUACAAGAUGUUUGGUCUUGCCCUGCAUGUUUUGACACUGUAUACUGCAUUUAAUUGGAACAACAAUGUAAUUUUUUUUUUUUUUAAUGUCAAAUUAAACUUGAUGUUUUGGUUUUUUA